GCUACUUUACAGAAAAUUAGCACAAAAAUUAGUGUUUUAUUAGUCGUUUUCUCAGCUGGUUUGGAGUUGGUUUACUGCUCAAGAAACUCGUCGGGAUUCGGUAUGUUAUAAUUAUGUAAUGUUUACAUGUUGAUGUGUUAGUAAUUAUAUGUCUGUAUAUAGUGAAUUGCGGUUAUUGGAAAAUAUAUUAUGAUAUAUUUAGAUUAAUUGUGAUAUGAUAGUAGUGAAUUAGUUAUGAAUUUAGAUGAAUUUGUUUAGUUUUCUCAUGAUAGAUCAAUUACAUGCGUUUGUUUAUAGGUUUGGAUGAUAUUGUUUUUGUAUCCCUAAUGUACUAAUUAUAUACUAUACUUAUUUAUUAUAAAUUGCAGACAUGGUUAAAUUUAAGAAGUUUCGGCUUAUUAUUCGGUGGAAUGGUCGGGUGACAAACUCGAACAUUGGCAUCGACUAUGAAAAUGGCGAAUCCACUAUGCUAAAAAUUGGGUCGAGAUUCUCGUGGCAAGAACUUCAUGACAUUUGUGCAGAAAGGACUUGUACGGGCGGGCAAAUGAGAGUUGGUCAAAUUGCCUACCGCUAUCCAAACAUGAGUGCUGGCGGAGUUGUGUACGAAAAAGUUGUCAUAAACGAUGAUGACUCGGUGAACAUGAUGAUACAGUUCCUAUCUGACAACGGGUUGCGGCUUGCAGAGGUGUAUGUCGAGACCGAGCCAGUCGGUGAAACUCAUUCUCACCAGUAUUCUUGUGAUGAUGGUUUUGCAGGAGGGUAUGGCUGGGGUGGUAGUUCAAGUAACUACGAAGGAGGUAACUACGAAGGAGGUACUUCUGCAAGAGGGUAUGGCUGGGGUGGUACUUCAAGCAACUACGGAGGAGGUAGUUAUGAAGAAGGUGGUGGUUGGGAAGAAUACGUGCAACCAACUGAGACGGCCGUCAAUAUCGUUCAGCCCGACGGUGAUCAAUGGCCUGCUUGGGGUCCAGAGUGGCUGACAUUGGGAACAACCUUCGAUCUGGGCGUUCUUCGCAUGACCAACAAGACGAUGUUGGUUAUGCUGGCAACGAUGACCAUCCUGAGUCGAGCUAUCCAUUCGCCUCUAGUGACGAUGAAAGUGAGGAAGAUUUGAGAUCAGUCAGUGAGGAGGAAAAUACGGACGAGAUAGACGAUAUCGAUGACAGAGAGGUGGCAAUAAUCUAAAAUAGAUGUUUACUUGGCAAUAAUCUAAAAUAGCUAAAUAGGAUUUGGUUAGAAAAAUUCAAAAUUUGCUAACUUGGAAGAUAUCUAAAUUCACUAAAUACUAUAAUUGCAG